ACAUUUGCCCCUGUAGGAUUCAUGAAUGACCUCUGUGUUCUCCUCGCCCGUGCCUUCCCCAAUCUCUACCUCUCUCUCUUCCAAGCAGGGGCAGCCAUUGAAGACUCAAUUUUCUGUGUCUGAUCAACGUUACGAAUUACGAUCUGCUUCAAUUGAAUGAUAAGGAAGCAGAAAUAGAGGAAUUAAAACCUCCAAAUUCUUCAAUAUGAUGACUCGGUCGUCGUCGGGGCAAAUCAACAUCGCAGCGCGUACGAAGAAACUCGAUGUGGAUAAUCGAAUCGCUUUGAAAAUUUACUAUCGCAUCGCAGAUAAUGUCCUCAAACAGGCUGACAUUUUUCGCGCAGAGGGAGACGUCAUAGAUUUGUAUGUCAUGCUUCUUAGAUUCUCAAGUUUGGUCUCUGAGACAAUACCAUGCCAUCGAGAUUAUCGAGCAUCACUGCAGAGCAACAAAAUUUAUUUGAAAAAGAGAUUACUAAAUGCUGUGGCUGAGCUUGAGGAUUUGAAGCCAAUAGUUCAACAGAAACUUGAGGCUCUAAACAGAAAAAGCACAUAUCAAGUGAAUAAGGGGAACAAUCAUCAUCAAAAUAAUCUUUUAGGAUUCUCAGGGGAAUAUUCUCCUGGCAAUAAGCAAAGCUUUAAGGCUUGGGGGACAAAUAAGAUAGCGGUGCCUGUUCGAGAAUUUGGGUAUCAAGUUCCAACAACCACACAGUUUUUGCCUGUGAAGCCUGUAGAUGAGCAUAUCCGCCGUUUGUCACUUAGUAUUCCGCGUCCAACGGAUGAAACUCUGAACAGACAUUCCAUCUUGGGUCCGAAUGGACUUCGAGGACAGUUGCAGCUUCCAGCUAGUGACAGAGGGGUGUCUUAUCCAAGUAAUGUUGACUUCACCCCUGUUCUGAUCCCCAGCCUCCUGAAGCAGCCUCUGGAAAAUGAAUCUUCUGAUAAGAAGGAUAAUAUCAGUUCAGAAUGUGGGAAACCAUGUCAGGAAUUGAUGUUACCAGUCAACAGUGACAAGCCAGUGCUGCGUCUUGAGGAACCUGCUUCAUUGAUUUCCUUUGAUGCAGAAGAAAGCCCUCUACAAUCAGAAAUCAUUAGACAACCUUCUCCUCCACCUGUUCUUGCGGAGGUACAAGAUUUGAUGCCAACCGCAGCAUGUCCAGUUGAAGAGGUGGAAUGUGGAUUGGUUAAAUCAUCACCUGAUGGUCUAAUCUGUUCUGAAGAUCCCCUGCAAUUGCACAUUUCAGCAUCUGUGAUGGAUACUUUCAUGAAGUUAGCUAAGUCCAAUACUAACAAAAAUCUUGAAACCUGUGGUGUUCUUGCUGGAUCACUAAAAAACCGAAAAUUUUAUAUCACAGCUCUGAUCAUUCCUAAGCAGGAAUCGACAUCAGAUUCGUGUCAAACUACAAAUGAGGAGGAAAUAUUUGAAGUUCAAGAUAAGCAAUCAUUGUUUCCUCUUGGGUGGAUUCAUACACAUCCAACGCAAUCAUGUUUCAUGUCAUCCAUUGAUGUUCAUACCCAGUAUUCAUAUCAGAUUAUGUUGCCUGAAGCAAUUGCAAUAGUAAUGGCCCCAAGAGACAGUUCAAGAACUCAUGGAAUAUUCCGAUUGACAAAUCCGGGUGGAAUGACAGUUAUACGACAAUGUCCAAGGCGUGGUUUUCAUCCGCAUGACCCUCCUCCUGAUGGUAGCCCAAUUUACAAGCAUUGUACAGAUGUCUAUAUGGAUUCUAACUUGAAGUUUGAUGUCAUUGAUCUGCGAUGACUCCGAUCAUUGAUUAAUGAUUUGAAAAUACAUCUUUUUCCAUGGUGCUUGUUUAUUGAUUAAUGUUGGUUGGUCUACGAGAUUCAAUACAUAAUCGGUGAAUACUCAAUUUGAUUGUUGUUAUCGGGUAACUCUCACCUUUGAAGCUGCAGAUUGCGUGCAGGUAAAGGUUGUAAAACGUUCAUGCCUGGCAUUCUUGCAGAUAUAAAUAGAACUGCAUCUUUGAAUACGCAUAAUUAGAACAAUUUGUGUAAAUAGAAAUUCUUUUUCAGGCAUCAUCGUGUGUAAACUUGCAAAAUGUCAAAACUAUUGACGUCAUAGCUAUUGUAACUGUACAUCAGUUGUCACAUGUACUUUGUGAAUAUAGUUUUGUUGGUUCAGAAUA